ACAUCACACUUUUAUUAAUUUAACACCUACAUACACACUGUAUUAGAUAUAUUCAGAGAAAGGGAAGACUUUGGCAACCCGGCACAGCACAACUCUCUUUUUCUUAUACAAUCUCUCUCUCUCUCUCUCUCUCUCUCUCUCUCCCUCGAUUAAAGUUGGAAAUUUGAAUUAGGGUUUCUUCAGAUCCUCAUUGGUUCAAGAUUUGAAAUCUUGAUCUGGGCUGUUUUGAUUUUUGGUGAAGAAUGUGUGCUUCUUGAUUUAGUUUGGACUUUGGAGGGGAUAAAGUUUUGAUUGUUUGACUUUGUGGGAAAUUGUAAUUAGGGUUUAGUGGAUAUGAUUAAGCAGAUAUUUGGUAAACGGAAGGCAUCUUCAAAAUCAUCUUCGCAGAGUGAUUCAAGUAAUGAUGUUGGGUAUUCAUCCAUAAAUACUUCGAGUUCAGCCGGUGGGGGUGUUGGUAAUUCUACUAAGACUACUUCUGUAUCAGGGAAAGGUGCAAAUUCUGCUUCUGCAGCUUUGAAAUCAAGUAAUGGGAAUUAUGCCCCACAAUCGUCGAGUGCUGCUAUUGUAUCGAAUCAAGGGAAGAAGUCAGGUCCUGGGGGUUCUCAAGCUGGCCAGGGGAUGAAUUAUGGUGUAUAUGAAGCUUUGCCUAGCUUUCGGGAUGUUCCCAGCUCUGAAAAGCAGAAUUUGUUUUUAAGGAAGUUGGAUAUGUGUUGCGUGUUGUUUGAUUUUAGUGAUGCUUCUAAGAAUCUGAAAGAGAAAGAGAUAAAGCGACAAACUUUGCUUGAACUUGUUGAAUACAUAUCGUCAGCAACUUCCAAGUUUAAUGAAGUCACCAUGCAGGAGAUCACGAAAAUGGUAGCUGCGAAUCUUUUUCGAGCCUUUCCGUCUAGUCAUGAUAACAAACUACCAGAUGUGUAUGAUCCAGAGGAUGAUGAACCAGCCAUGGAACCGUCAUGGCCUCAUCUUCAAGUUGUGUAUGAGUUUCUUUUGAGAUUUGUGGCUUCUACUGAAACAGAUGCAAAACUUGCAAAAAGAUAUAUUGACCAUUCCUUUGUGUUGAGAUUACUUGAUCUUUUUGACUCGGACGAUCAACGAGAGAGGGAGUACUUGAAGACAAUUCUUCAUCGCAUAUAUGGGAAGUUCAUGGUGCACCGGCCAUUUAUUAGGAAAUCCAUCAACAAUAUUUUUUACAAUUUUAUAUCUGAGACUGUGCGACACAAUGGAAUUGCCGAAUUGCUUGAAAUCUUGGGUAGUAUAAUUAAUGGGUUUGCUUUACCUUUAAAGGAAGAACACAAGCUUUUCCUUGUUCGUGCCUUGAUUCCCCUUCACAAACCUAAAAGUGUAUCAAUGUACCACCAGCAACUUUCUUAUUGUAUUACCCAAUUCGUGGAGAAGGAUAUUAAGCUAGCUGACACAGUAAUUCGAGGUUUGUUGAAGUACUGGCCUAUAACUAAUAGUUCAAAAGAAGUCAUGUUCCUUGGUGAGCUAGAGGAAGUUUUGGAAGCUACCCAGGCUGCAGAGUUUCAGAGGUGCAUGGUCCGUCUGUUCUGUCAGAUUGGUCGCUGCCUUAAUAGCUCACAUUUCCAGGUAGCUGAACGAACGUUGUUUUUGUGGAAUAACGAUCAUAUAAGGACUCUGAUUACACAGAAUCGCAAGAUCAUACUGCCAAUUAUUUUCCCAGCCUUGGAGAACAAUACUCGGAGUCACUGGAACCAAGCUGUUCAUAGUUUGACGCUGAAUGUGAGAAAAAUAUUUAUAGACGCAGAUCAAGCACUUUUUGAUGAGUGCUUAGCUAAGUUCCAAGAAGAGGAAAUGAAAGGUAAAGAAAAACUUGAGAAGCGCGAAUUAACUUGGAAGCGCUUGGAAGAUAUGGCAGCAUCCAAGGCUGUAACCAAUGAGGCAGUGCUCGUUUCGAAAUUUUCUUCCGUGGCCAUUGCCACAAGCACAAAUUCGCCGAAGGCCGCCAGUAGUUGAAGACAGUGUCUCGUGAAAAUAUGAGGAACCAACAUCUUCAGCAUUGAUGACCAUACAAGAUUACAAGGUGUGUUACAUGGAGUUCCGAGUCUAAAGGUCCCCACCUUAGUUGUAAAAUCUAAAUCUCUCAGCUAGGCAAGCUUAAUGAUGAAAGUUGGAUUCUGUGGAUAUAUGAGCUACAUCUGUACUUUGUUUUUUACUUGGGCUGUUUGCCCAUUUCUUUUUGUCAUGUUAGCAAUGGAGUUGUGUAUUAUAAGAAAACUGGUUCGUAGAGGAAGCAUCUUUUUGUAUGUUCUGCCCUUUAAUGUUGUUUUGUGUAAUGGCAGCAGAGAGGUUUUAUCCUAUUUUA